ACUGUGCGUUCUUCCAGAAAGAACAUGAAAAAGAUUUUUCCUACCAUCCUACUUCUCGCUUAUUGCAGUCUGCUUGAAUGUAUGUUCCCCAUGAUAAAAAAGACGUACGACAUUGAAAAGUUUUUCUUGACAAAAUCAUUCAUAUGGACGUAUAACACCUCCAGAGGAGCUGCCAGGACCUGCCAAGUGGACAGAGUCACGCAUAUAAACGAUACUACAGUUACGUUCAAGCGCUACUUCUACAACGUUUUUCAUAGGAAGACAAUGAUUCCAUUGGAGGGAACAUUGUAUUUUGACAGAAAAGACCUAUUGAUUGUUCGUGCGCCAGGUUACAAGUAUAAGGAGGAACUUGUAUUUUAUGAUGCCCACUUUAAAUGCGCCGUGAUUAAAAUAACAACGCCUUAUAGAGGUGGGGUUGUGACGCAUGACUUGCGCGUUUGGAACGCUUACAUGAAGUUUGGCCCGGCGUCUGACUGUGUGAAAAAAUUCAGCAAGAGAGAGCCCCAUGGGCGGGUCGUUUAUUCACGCAAGUGUCGUGGCAUUGUGGACGGCCUCGAGCCAUUACAACUUCCACAAAUGCAGCCGCAAAAACUAGAAUAGUAACACGAGUCGUUCAUACGUGCCACUGC